ACUAUACAUUAUACUGCUAAUAGCUUGACAAUUUAGUGGCAUCGCUUAAUUAUUUUGUUCAACACGGUGGUUUUGCAAAUGCCUGUACCAGCAUGUUCAUUUCACAUAUUUCCUUAGUCUCUAUUCUGAUAGAAUUAUCUAACGCACACUAUGCAGAAGUAGAAGCUCCAUGGAUAAUACCACGACACGAAGCACACUCGUUCCUCAAAGCUCCUACUAGAAACAAAAGAAGUGACCCCGUUUGCAAUACAAACGAGGUUUAUUGUGAGGCAAACAAAGACAGCUGUAUGCUGCACAACGAACAAUCUCGGGAGCAUUAUUGUGGAUUGGGUCAUUCCUGUACUGCAACACAAGCUUGUUACCUAUCUACACCCUGUCCAGCACAUUACGCGUUAGGCUGUACAGAUAACGGGUGUCUAUCAUUUCCAUGCCAUAACGGAGCCACGUGUGAAGACACAAGUACUAGCUAUAACUGUCUAUGCGUUCCAGGCUGGGAUCCAUCAACUGACUGCGCUACAGAUUUUAACGAAUGUCUGGUUGUUCCCUGUUUAAAUGGAGGGUCGUGUAACAAUCUAUUUAAUGAUUUCACGUGUGACUGUACCAGCAGAUACGAAGGAAGUGUUUGUGAAAAAGACUGCAGACCAGGUCCUGCAGAUAUCGUAUUUGUAGUUGACACAUCUGACAGUUUGCAAAAAGGUGUUAAUAAAAGCGUCGACUUCAUUAAUGAAUUUAUCAGCCAAGUUUCUAUUGGUCCAAAUGAUUUCCAAAUUGGCGUAAUAACCUACAACUUUGAUCCCACAGUACUGUUCGAUCUAGAUGAUUACACUUCGGCUUCUGAUAUGUCAUCUGCUUUGGACACUCUUAGGGGAGAAAAAGCAGCAACGUACACAGCCACUGCUUUACGACAGGCUAGAGAGAUGAUAACAAGCUAUUCUAUGGGAUCACGUGGCACAGCAAGCUACAUUGUACUGAUGCAUGACGGUCUGUCAACUGACAGGAACGAGGCUUUCUACGAAGCACAGAUAAUAAACUCUAUGGGUAUACGUAUUCUAUCAGUCGGAAUCGGACAGUCGAUUGCAUAUACAGAGAUGUUGACUAUUUCGAACAGUCCGUUUUAUACUUACAGUCCAAAUCAUCUAGAUGAUAUGUAUAACCAGAUUCUCAAAGAAACAGUACAUACUGAUUGUACAGAUUGCAACAUAGAAGAAGAUACUCAAGUUAUCAUUCUUCUUGACACAAACGGCAAUCAGACGAUUGAUGGUUAUAACGAUCGUCUUUUAGCCACACGUAACUUUAUAGACAAAGUAUUGACUUACAAUCCAAGUGCUAAAAUUGGCAUGUAUUCAUAUUCAGACGAACCGGAAGAGGUGUUUUCUAUAACGUGGUCAGGUGGCAAAGAUAAACGUAUCGCAGCAGCGCUACAAAUUGACCUUGACAUCCAUUUAUCAUCAAACCUUAGCCAUGCUUUGCAACAUUUACGAAUAAGUAAUCAGUUCACUUCAUUAAGAAAGAUGGUGGUUAUUGUGUCAGAUGGACUGUGGACUGAUCAGGAUCAAAUAAACAAGGAAGUCUCGUAUACUGAACAAGAUAGUAUAGAAGUGGUUGGCAUUGUUGCUGGAGAAGACAGCAUAGUCCAAAAUUAUCAGACAGUUUUGAAUGACCCUAGUCAAGUGUUUUAUACAGAAGACGGCGACUUCAGAGCAUUAGACUCGCUCACUGCAAAGACAAAAUAUUAUGUUUGUGUUGACAAUAUAUUUAGUACGCGACAAUAGGGGAACAUGUCUUACUAUUUUAUGUUUGUUUAAAAACUGGUAGAUUGGUUAGAUUGCAUCAUCCAUACGAAGUAGGAGAAUA